UAAAAAAUAAAACAGAAUCCACCAAAUAAAUCGCGGAGUUCCCAACGCUCUCCGCCCUCUCUCGCCCGCAUUCCCCAAUCCAAUCCGCGGCGGCAUCGGCGGCGACGCCACCACCACCGGGAAGCUCCGCCCCUUCUCCGUCUCCGCUCCCGUCCCCUCCCCUCCCCUCCACACGCGCCCGAAUCGCGCCGCAGAUUUCGCCGCCCCCCGCGCCUCCCCCGAUUUCGGCGGAACAGCCGCUAGGGUUUCGAUUCGCCUCGGGAUCGGGUUCGGGCCCUGAUCGGAGGCCGCCUUCGUCGUCCGGGGGUACAAUCCGCCGCCCCCCCCUGCUUCCUGGCACGGCAGGAACCAUUUCCGGGGAAGGAUACGGCGAUGGAGGGGCACGUGUUCGGAGGCGGCAACUGGGGCUCGUCGCCCUACCCUGGCCCCAACGCCAACAUCAACGCCAGCGUCAACGAGAACCAGUUCAUGUUCGAUGCCAAGGCCGCGCCGCAGCAGCUUCAGCUCUUCGGGAGCAACGCGGUUGGCACCAGUGGAUAUUAUAACUACAAUGGAAAUGGCAACCCAUAUGUUAUGAACCAACCAAGAAAGACAAGCAAUUGUGCAGCGGAUGAAAAGAAGCUCAAGCUUCAGAUGUCCUUGAACAACUUUCAUGCAGGAGAUGCCGACCGGUUGGCAUGUACUGGUAAUUCAAGUGUUGUGUCUACUGGGCUGAAACUGUCCUACGAGGAUAAUGAGCAUAAUUCUUCCUUCACGUCUGGUAGUGGAAGCAUGUCUUCUUUGACUUCCACGACGCCUUUUGGUCAUGAUAUUAUGACUGAAAUGGAGAAAGGAAACAAAGAGAUUGACUAUUAUUUGAGAAGCCAGGUGGAACAACUCAGUAGGCGUGUGAAAGAGAUGAAGCAAAGGCAGAUGGUUUCUCUCGUGUCUACUCUCGAAAGAGGGGUAGGAAAGAAGCUGAGGGAGAAGGAGCUCGAGGUGGAGGCCAUGAACAAAAAAAGCCAGGAGCUGAAUGAACAGAUCCGACAGGUGGCCAUCCAGGUCCAGUCAUGGCAGUCAGCCGCGCUCUACAACGAAUCUGUUGCCAGCACCCUGAAGACCCAGCUCAUGAAAGUGGUGGCGGACCACGCCAACCUCACCAGGGAAGGUUGCGGCGACAGCGUAGUGGAGAGCGGCGCUGUGCCCGGCCAGAAGAACAUCAACACUGUCCCCGGAGGCUUCUUCAAGUCGAGCCUCCUCCCUGGAGUCAAGAGCGGCGUAGCCGGCAGUGGGCUUGCAGCCUGCAAGUGGUGCGGAGCGAAGGAGGCGGCAGUGCUGGUGAUGCCUUGCCGCCACCUGUGCCUGUGCGCCGACUGCGAUAGGGUCACAGAUGCAUGCCCUGUCUGUCAGUACCCCAAGAGCGGUAGCGUUGAGAUCAACAUGUCCUAGCAUCAAUCCUGUGUGUUUCGAAUUGGACAGUGGUGUUAUGACUCUGGUACAUAUAGUCAAUCCGCCCCUCUCCCUCCAUGAUUCUGCCUUUGGUUUGCACCUAGCAAGCUGUAGUCCUAAAGUUUUGGUGGUGGACAUAGAUUGUUGGUCCGGUCUGGAACGAUCAAAAUUUUCCUGGACCCAGCGAGAGAUGAGCAGAUUGUUGCGAAAUUCCUUCGUUCCAAACGUACUCCAGACCAUCUCGACGGAGGUAAUAACCAGCCUGCCAACAUUGUGGCGGCGACAUCA